AUGGCCACCGAUACGACCGCAUACUCCUCUUCGCCGGCCUUCGCGACACCGCUCCACCCUCUCCCCAACAACGCCGCCACACGACCAAUUCCUCCUCCGCCAGCCUUCAAACCCUCGGUCUCGACAAUACUCCCGAUUCUCCUCCCUCCUCCGACUUUACGACCUCUCGCGUUUCGUACAUUCACAAAGAAGCACAAUCUCACACUCCACUCCACAGCUCUGCAAUCGCUCUCAACGUUCAUUGGGCGACAUUGCGGAUCUUCCUGGCGAGAAGAAGGGACUGGAGAAAAGGUCCUUGAAGAAGUCGCGAAACUAUGGAAAGCAGAGACGGGACCAGUAAUUGUUGAAGAUGGCGACCGACUCAAGACCAUUCUGCGGACUUUGGAGGGCAGUAUGGUUGGAGGAAGAAUCGGUGCAGCAAAAAGCGGAGGACCAAACAGCCUGAGUCUGAGCAGGCAGACAAGCUUUGCGUUUGGCAACGACAGUGCCGUUGACUUGACCGAUCGGCCGGGUCUUGAAAGAAAGGGGAGUAGUUUUGGACUUAGUGGUCUGCGAGUGGACUCACAAGGAGAGGAGGAGGGAGAAGACGAAGGACGAGAUGCUCGGAGCUGGCUGAAAGUGGUGUCAGCGUUUGACCAGCCACGAUUCACAUACGAUGUCGAUAAGAAGCACUUUCUGUCGAUCUCAACAAAGCCGAGCAUGUUCCCUUCGCCGUCACAUAAGACGAGGGUGUUCAAGGAGAGGUAUAACAUUAUUCAGCAACGACUGCGGCGGAACCCGAUCUUUCAGGCGCCGAGCUUUUCAGCGGGACAAAAUAAUGGAGUGGUACGAAGGAAAGGAAAGGAUGCAGCGGCGAGAGAAUUCUACAAGUUGACGCCGAUUGCGAACUUGCUGGGAAGAGGAGGAAGCUCACAUACAUUACUGGGCAUGCUUGUGAUCGCACCGACAGGAACGCUGGCUCUGAACGACCUCAGUGGCAGUAUAUCUCUGGACCUCCAACAUGCAACUCCCAUCGGAGGAAGCGUUAGUGACGCAUACUUCUGUCCGGGAAUGAUCGUGUUGGUGGAUGGAGUGUACGAAGAAGACUGGGCGGGAGCAGGAUCAAGCGGACUGGGUAACACAGGGGGUGUCGGAGGAUCGAUUGGAGGAAGAUUCGUUGGGUUUGAGAUUGGCGGACCGCCCGUCGAAAAGCGAGAUGUCUCUCUCGGCAUCAAUCUCGCAUCUGGAGAUCAAGGCGGAGGGUUCGGAUGGAUCGACUUUCUUGGUCAAGGCUCGGAUCGGGCAGUUGGAGCCCGGAUGAAGAAGUUGGAACGCAGGCUCAUGGGACCGGAAGCCGAGACCAACACGACCACAUCUCAGAAGACGGUCAUUCUUUCAGAAGUCACGCUCGAUCAGCCGUCCACUCUUGUCGCCCUCCGGAAAGUCCUCGAGCAGUAUGCGACAGCAGAACAACCGCCGAUGGCCUUCAUCCUCACGGGCGACUUCUCCAGCAAAGCCGUGAUGGCCGGUGCAGGCACAGGCUCGAUCGAAUACAAAGAGCUCUUCAACGAACUCGCCGCUCUGCUCGCCGACUUCCCAACGCUCCUCCGCAGCUCCACCUGGAUCUUCGUGCCCGGUGACAACGACCCUUGGGCAUCAUCCUUCAGUGCAGGAGCAAGCACUCUGAUCCCUCGAGAAGGCGUACCAGAGCUCUUCACAAACCGCAUCCGCCGGGCCUUUGCAACCGCAAAGACCGAAUUAGGCGCCGCGAAGAAAGGCGAAGUCGACGGCGAAGCAAUCUGGACCUCAAAUCCCGCUCGCCUAAGCCUCUUCGGCCCAGCUCACGAAGUCCUGAUAUUCCGCGACGACAUCUCCUCCCGUUUCCGUCGAAACGCCAUCCGCAUCGGCCAAGCCGUACAAGAUGAAGUACCCCAACACCCUCAAACCGACGCCGACAACGACAUCACCAUGUCCGGCGCCCUCCCUUCAACAGAAGACUAUAUCCCCGAAAACACACCCGUACCUCUCCCCGGCCCACUCGCAGCAACACCCGAAUCCACAUCCCUCGCAUCCGCCAAACGCCUUAUCCUCUCUCUUCUACCUCAGUCCACGCUCUCACCUUUCCCGCAAACUAUCCGACCGGUACACUGGGACUAUGCACCUAGUGCACUGUCUCUCUACCCGCUACCGCAUACGUUGGUCCUGGCGGAUGCUGAGGAGGCCGCGUUUUGUAUUACGUAUGAGGGAUGUCAUGUUGUUAACCCGGGACGACUGGUGGAGAAGGGAGGGGGGCGGAGGAAGAGGGUGGGGUGGGUGGAGUAUGAUGGGUGGACGAAGAGGGGUGUUGUAAAGGAGGCUUGGAUUGGAUAA